CAGAACAUCUUCAAAUAAUACUUUGGUACUGCGCCCACCUGAAUCUUACGAGAGAGCUUCUGCGCCAAUGAUGAUUGAUGCAGAACAGUCAUCAUCAGCCUCUGUGGUUAUUAUUUUUAAUCGUCAGUCUAGUUCCACUUCAAACCCAACGGUCAUAUCACGUUAUUCAACGCCAGAAGAUGAUUCUGAGUAUACUGAAAAGUCAAAAGCAAAAGCUGCAAAGGUUGCAGAGGAAUUGAAGAGAUCAAAACUUUUGGAAAAAGAGGCUCGUAAGAAAACUUUAUUAGCAAUUAAGGAGGACCGUGAGAAUUUGAAACUGCGCAGAUUAAAUCCUAAAACAGAUGGUGGUAGCCCCGCAAGUUCAUCCAUUUCUACUCCUCCACAAAAGAUCGAACAAUCAGAUUCAACUCUUAUUCAGAUCCGUUUAUCAACUGGUCAGGCAAUACGUCAAAAAUUUCUUAAUACUGCUUUAGUAUCUGACCUCUUCAGUUGGGUUAUUAGUAAGAAUGAACCAAGCAAAAAGUUUCAAUUGGUGCUACCCUUUCCACGAAAGGUGUUUGGUGACGAUGAGAUGGAUUCAACACUUACCGAUGCUGGUUUAGUUCCAAACGCUUCACUAAACGUAGUAAAGUUAGAUAUGCCUUCUGUUGACACGCAAGCUCCUAUAAACAGUAUUCCGAGUUCUAUCACUUCGAAUAUUGGAUCAGAUGAUUCAAAUAAUAAUGGAAGUAGUGGCAGCAACACAGGCCAAUUGUUACCAAAUGUUCCUAAUCUGCAGCAAAUACUUCCCCCCAAUUUACCGCAGCAGCUACCUCCAAGACCAGGAGGACCCCCUCCAAAUUUACCGCAGCAGUUACCUCCUCCAGUACCUAUGCAACCAGGACUCCCUCCAAAUUUACCACAGCAAUUACCUCCUCCAAUACCUGUACAACCAGGAAUUCCUAUGGCUGUCCAACCAGGAAUUCCUCCUCGAAUACCCGGCCGACUUCCUCAAAACCCGAUACCACCUUUAUUACCCCACCCACUUGUCAGAUCGCAACCAUUUUCUGGCACAGGUUUUCGCUUAAACAGUCAACCUAAUCAACUACCAAUUUUACAGCAGGACUCUGAUGAUGAUGCCGAUGAUGAAGAAAAAAGGAAACGCAUUGCUGAAGCUGUACAGGCACGGAUACGUGCAGAGGAUUCUGCUUCGACUGAUGAUUCGCAGCAUACAAAACAUGGUAUCAGACGUGAA